CAGCAGAAGCGGAUGGCAGAAUCAAGGAAAGGAGCAUCUUCAGCUACUGAUCUUAGUAAAAAGGAUUCCCUUCUUGAUGAGGACAUUGGCAACGAAUUUAUGAAGUCCUGGAAAUCAAUAUCAGUGACAGAGGAUGACAUGGUGGACUUCAGUUUUAGUACAGCCUCGAAAGGGAAGAUUAAGGCCUUUGAUUUUGGAACUUUGGAUGAUGAUUUCAAUCUGGAUGGAAGUUUUGAAAAGUUAUCAUCAUUCAAGAUUGACAUGCCAGAUCUCGACUUUUCAUCCCCACCCAAAAAGAUUGAAAAGGCUAGGAGUAGCGGUAAAGAAGGAUCAUCCAAUGGAAAUAUUCAAAAAGAUAUAGACAACUUAAAUUUCUCUUUUGAUUUUAAAGAAUUGGAUAGCUUUGAUAUUGAUAAAAGCUUACAAAAUGGAGAAAAGAGUUGUAUACAACAGCAAGAUUCCAAGGCAGUUUCUUCUUCUAGAGUUGAGUGUGAAGCUUCUAAUAUCCACAUAGCUGAAGAAAAUACUGCAAUUGAUAAUAGUAUAGCCAAGAGACUUCCGGCAUCAGGAAACGAGAAGAAAAAGAUUGAAAAGGCUAGGAGUAGCGGUAAAGAAGGAUCAUCCAUUGGAAAUAAUCAAAAAGAUAUAGACAACUUAAAUUUCUCUUUUGAUUUUAAAGAAUUGGAUGGCUUUGAUGUUGAUAAAAGCUUACAAAAUGGAGAAAAGAGUGGUAUACGACAGCAAGAUUCCAAGGCAGUUUCUUCUUCUAGAGUUGAGUGUGAAGCUUCUAAUAUCCACAUAGCUGAAGAAAAUACUGCAAUUGAUAGUAGUAUAGCCAAGAGACUUCCAGCAUCAGGAAACGAGACUAGUUCUACAGUUGAGAAUUUUCAGGAAGAUUGUGGUGAGCUAGAGUCAGAAGAAGUGGAUGGUACAUCACAUGAAGCAAGAACUACAACACCAACUACAAAUAAAGAGGAGCAAUUUGAAAAAGGUUGCUUGUCUGAAAAAGAAGUGGCAAAGAAUAGUCAUCAAGUCAUUCAUGAUGUACCUGUCAACUGUGUUGCCAGAAAUGCACCUGAAAGUACUUCAGAACCACAGUCUGAAAUUUGUUCGGAAAGAGUAGAACUAACAUUAGUUUCAGGUGGAACUAGAAAUGUCACUGAUGAAAACAUAGAUUCUGAUGUAACUUGCUCUAGAAAAUUGCCUCAAAGCUAUUUGUCUCCAAUAAAUAUCCCUGCAUCAGAAAAGAAUAAGUCAGAAUGCAACGAUCUGAAUAAAUUUAUCGAUAAUGUUCAACUGGCUGAAGUUCAUUUAGAUGUCAAAGAUUUUUCAAAUUCAGAUGUCCCGAGGAAGCUUCUGCUUGACACGCAGGAAAUCAGAGAAAACCAAAAUUUGAAAUUGAAAUUGUCUACAGUUCCCUUAAGCAGAGGACGGCCAAUAAAUGAAGUGACAGUUAAAGAAAAAGAAAUGGGUGGGAAUUCAUCGAUGUCAAGGACAGAUGUUAGCAAAUCUCAGCUACAACCAUCAUCUAUUAGUACAAAACUUUUCUCUUUAGGCACGAAUAGAACUGAUGCUCCAAGUCAAAUUCCGGCAGCUGGAGACGGAGACUCUCGACCACAUAAUAAAGGAGCAAAGACAGCUCCGCCAGUUGCAGUACAACGUGAAAAAAGCUUAGGAAAGCUUGGUACUUUAAGUACCAGAGUUAAUCCUAGCAAUUCGUGUGCAAGAAAAACUACUCAAACACAUUGCAGUAUGGAACCACAAAAAUCAUCAAUGAUACAUAGUCAAAACGCGAAGACCAUUUCAGCUCAAGGGAAUAAACUAUGUUCUAUUAAAGCUAGCUUAAUAUUUCCGAAUCCUUCCAGCUUGAAGACUUCUAGGGGAUUUGGAGGAAAGCAAGUCCUCUCGAGGACUGGAGGUGUGCAAGAAAAGAAAUUAAGAGAAUCAGAACUAGAUACGGAAGCAAGACAAAGAAGUAAAAGCUUUGACAUUGGCUACUGUGCUGAAAACCAGGAGAAACAAAAACUUAAGCGUAAAGCACUAGAGGGACCAAAUGCAGAUUCGAUAUUGUUAAAACCCCUGAAGCUCUUUUGUGUAUCACCUGGUGGAUUUAGACACUCCAAAGAUCCAUUGGUGAAAAAGAUAGAACAGGUUGAACGAAUGACCACUGCCUCCCAUGACCAAUUAGCCGACAGUAUCGAAGACACUCGUGUGCCAAAUGUGAUGGAAUUGGAAGUAUCUUUGGUUUUGGAAAAUGAUCGAAAUGUUGAAAAAGCAGAAGCCUAUUCACAGCAGCUUGAAGAUAUGUGCAAUAUGCUAAAAAAGAAGCAAAAUGAGGCCAAGGAUAUAUUAGUCCGAGCUCUUGUUAACAACAAUAAUCUACUCAUGCUCAAUCAUCCCAACUAUGAGGAAAAGAUAUCCUUCCAUGGCAUUUUCAUUAGUAAAAUUUUUCUCAUUUCCUUAUCGGAAGCCCAACUCUGAAUUCCUUCACGAGUUUGAACAUUAUGAAGGUUCAGAAAUUUGCUAGCCAACUGUUGUCCAAGAAGCUUCAGACAAAAGCAGCUUGAGCCUUAAUUCCAUUUUACAGGGUCUGAAUCCCGACUACUCGAACCAAAAUUGGCGGCUAGGUCACAUCGGCCAGCGCUGUUGGGUUCCAGAGACAACUUUCACAUUGGACUGGUAGCUGUCGAAGGCUCCGAAAGCAUUCCUCAACGAGGGGUGGCUCGCCUGUCACCGGGAGGCCCUGACCCCCGCCACCAUUGAUCUUUAGAAUCCUUCUCCAUGUGUGGUGUAAGAGAAGUUAGUCUAGCAAGCUCCGAUUCUGUUAUAACCGUUUGAUGUAGGAGAUCUGAAACUGAAAAAAUUGGUAUUCGGAUUUCAUGAUUGAAUUACUUUUCGUCUUUUUGACAGUAAUGCCAAAUUUUUCCUUUUUCUUUUUGUUUGACUUUGCCUUAUCACCUCACAAUUUU